AGUACUUGAUUGCAUAACAAUACAUCAAUGUAUUUAUGUAAGCAGAGCAAACACAGAUGAAGAGCUUCUCCUGGGAUUGGGCGGUGGCUGGAGGCACGUCCUUUCACCACUACUGGUUUUUACGCAAUGAUCACUUUGUAGUGAAAAGAAUGAAAGCAUUCAUAAUGUGACGGUGCAGUUCAUGGUAGCCGGGAUAUUGAAAAGAAGCAUCCUGUAAAGGUCUGAGGAUGAAAGACUUUGCUGAAUGCAUUGCCUUUCUGGGUCAGUGGGGACUUUUCCAGCAGGUUGUCUUCUUCCUGCUCUGUGCCAGCAUCAUGCCAAAUGGAUUCGGUGCCUUCACGCUCGUGUUUCUGAAUGACGCUCCAAGUCACCACUGCUUUAUUCCUGAUGUUAACCUGACUGAAGAGUGGCAGGAAAACAUCAUACCCUCAAAGGUGGUGGAUGGGAAACGGGAGCAGAGCAGCUGCAGCAGGUACCGGCUGGAUGUGGUCCAGAACCUCUCCGCUCAGGGAUUCCUUCCUGGCAGGGACGUGAACCUGACGGAGCUGCAGCAGGAGGGCUGUGUGGACGGGUGGAGCUACAGCAAAGACAUCUACCAGUCUACCAUCGUCUCUGAGUUCGACCUGGUGUGCAGCGAGCAGUGGAAGCAGCCGUUCACCUCCACAGUUUUCUUUAUUGGAGUUCUGUUUGGAUCCUUCUUCUCAGGACAGCUCUCAGACAGAUUUGGGAGGAAACCGGUCCUUUUUGCCACCAUGGCCGUUCAGACCUUUUUCACCUUCAUUCAGGUCUUCUCCGUCUCGUGGACGAUGUUCACCGUCCUCCUCUUCUUCAACGGUUUGGGACAGAUGUCCAACUUUGUAGGAGCGGAGACCUUCACUGGAAACGUGCGAGUCCUGUACUCGUCUUUGGGAACAUGUUUAGGCUUCGCCCUCGGCUACAUGCUGCUGCCUCUCUUUGCUUACUUCCUGAGGGAUUGGAAGUCUCUGCUGUUGGUUAUGUCCGUGCCUUGUCUGGCCUACAUCCCCUUCUGGUGGUUCAUCCCAGAGUCUCCUCGCUGGCUCCUCUCUCAGGGGAGAGUGGAGGAGGCGGAGGCCAUCGUGAGAAAGGCGGCAAAGUGGAACAAAGUUCAGGCUCCAAGCGUCAUCUUUCAGGGUCACAGUGAGACCAAACCCGGCCCUAAAGAACGAGCCAGUGUGCUGGACCUGCUGAGGAUCAGCCACAUCAGAGUCAUGACUCUCAGCCUUUGCUUUGUGUCGUUCACGAUGACUUUUGGAUAUUAUGGAUUAUCCUUCAACACGUCCCGGCUCCACACCAACCCGUACAUCAGCUGUUUCUUCUCAGCAGCCGUGGAGGUUCCUGCUUACAUCUCCAGCUGGCUGGCUUUGCUCUACCUCCCUCGGCGGAUUUCUGUCAUCAGCACCUUGCUGCUUGGAGCUGUGCCACUUUACUUUAUCCAACUUGUGCCUCCAGGUCAUUCAAAUCUGUCUCUCGCUCUGGAGAUGUUCGGUAAAUACGCCAUCACCACCGGAUCCUCGUUGAUGUUCGCCUACAUCGCAGAGCUCUACCCGACCGUGCUCAGGAACACAGCCACCGGGACCUGCACCACAGCUUCCAGACUGGGCUCCUGCUUGGCACCGAUACUGGUAGAGCUGGGUACAUACUUUAAGUUCCUUCCGUACAUCACACUGGGAACUAUGGCCAUCGUGGCGGCCUUCACUGCUCUCUUCCUUCCAGAGAGUUUUGGACUACCUCUUCCUGAAACUAUGCAACAAAUACAUCGAAGAAAAAGAUUGAAGUGUCCGUGCCUCUCUGGAAAAGAAACCCCCAAAACCGCCGUGUUCCUGGACGGUCCGCUAUGAUCAAGCAUUCACACUGAUGUCAGUUUUGUUUGAUUCAUGGGGCGGCUGUGCAUCAGGGGUAGAGUGGGCCGUCUCAAUCAGAAGGUUGAGGGUUCGAUCCCAGGUCCCCGGGGCGAGAGACUUUAUCCUAAACUGCCCCGGUGGCUGCUCUCUCUGUCUGUGUGUGAAUGAUUAGUUGAUACUGAUGGUGCUUUACACAGCAGCCUCUGCAUCAGUGUGUGAAUGGAUGAAUGUGACAUGCAAUUUGAAAGCACUUUGAGUGGUCAGGAGACGAGAUAAUGCACUAAUUAAAAGUCUGUUUGUUUACCAAAGAUGACUUCCAAGUCCAAGAGCCUUCUUCUGUGGAUCAGAGACUUUUUGUCUGACCGGCCGCAGAGAGUAUUGUCAAAUGGUUAUGUGUCAGAUAUAUAUUAAAUAAGUCAUCUUUUGAAACAA